AUGGAGUUGGAGAACACCUUCGCGACCCCUCGGGCCGGCCGCACAGGACAUGGAGGCGUGAAUCAGCUGGGGGGUGUUUUUGUGAACGGCCGCCCCCUCCCAGAUGUCGUUCGCCAAAGGAUCGUGGAACUUGCCCACCAAGGGGUCCGGCCGUGUGACAUCUCCCGGCAGCUCCGCGUCAGCCACGGCUGCGUCAGCAAAAUACUUGGCAGGUACUACGAGACCGGCAGCAUCAAGCCUGGCGUCAUCGGAGGAUCCAAACCAAAGGUGGCCACACCCAAAGUCGUCGAGAAGAUUGCGGAGUACAAACGCCAAAACCCCACCAUGUUCGCCUGGGAGAUCAGGGACAGGCUGCUGGCCGAGCGGGUGUGCGACAACGACACCGUGCCCAGCGUCAGCUCCAUUAACAGGAUCAUACGGACCAAGGUGCAGCAGCCACCCAAUCAGCAGGUCCCAGCCUCCAGUCACAGCAUAGCCUCCACGGGGUCUGUGACCCAGGUGUCCUCUGUCAGCACCGACUCUGCCGGCUCCUCCUACUCCAUCAGUGGCAUCCUGGGAAUUGCCUCCCCUGGCACGGACAGCAACAAGCGCAAGCGGGAUGAAGGUCUUCAGGAGUCCCCAGUACCUAAUGGCCACUCCCUGCCAGGCAGAGACUUCCUUCGGAAGCAGAUGCGAGGAGACCUCUUCACCCAGCAGCAGCUGGAAGUCCUGGACCGGGUCUUCGAGAGGCAGCAUUACUCUGACAUCUUCACCACCACCGAGCCCAUCAAACCCGAGCAGUGGUGCUCCAUGCUGAUGAGGCAGUGCGUGGUUCAGCCGCAGGCACUCAUUCUGCAGGCCACUGAGUACUCAGCCAUGGCCUCGUUAGCUGGUGGACUGGAUGAGAUGAAGGCCAACAUCAGCAGCCCAACCUCCGCCGACCUGGGAGCCAGCGUGCCGGGGCCUCAGUCCUACCCCAUUGUCACAGGUCGUGAGCUGGCGAGCACAACCCUCCCCGGAUACCCUCCGCACGUCCCUCCGGCCGGACAGGGCAGCUACUCCGCUCCCGCACUGACAGGGAUGGUGCCUGGGAGUGAGUUUUCUGGGAGCCCAUACAGUCACCCACAGUACUCCACCUAUAACGACUCCUGGAGGUUCCCCAACCCUGGACUCCUGGGCUCUCCGUACUACUACAGUGCUGCAGCCCGUGGGGCAGCCCCACCAGCAGCUGCUGCUGCCUACGACCGGCACUGA